AUGGGACAGACUGUCAGUACUCCUCUUGAUCAAACUCUCUACCACUGGACAGAAAUUAGAACUAGGGAACGCAACAUGUCUGUAGAAGUUAAGAAGGGACCUUGGAGAACUUUUUGUUCUUCAGAAUGGCCAAUGUACAAGGUUGACUGGCCUCCAGAGGGUACACUUGACCUUACUGUGAUUUCUGCAAUUAAGAAUGUGGUUUUUCAGAAGGGAUCAGGGCCUCACCCUGACCAACAACCUUAUAUUUGUGUCUCGGAAGAUCUAACACAAGAUCCUCCAUCGUGGUUAAAACCUUGACCCAGAAAAGUAAGCCAGUCUCCCAAGUACUGGCACCCUGAAACACAGAAAAAAAUGAAAGAAGAAAUGGCGGUGUAUGAACCGCCAAAUAAGCCUCAACCCUCGGCUCAUCCUAAGAUAUAUCCCGAAAAUGAGGAGCCUCCAAAACGGCCUAGUAUCCCAUCCACUUAUCCCCUUCUGAUACCCCCUCAGAAUCCCCAACAGGGUGCCCCUGGAGGAGCAGCAGAAGGACCAGCCACCAGGACCAGGAGCAGAUGCGCCCAGAGUCGUGAGGGUCCAGAUUCAACUACAGCAUUGCCUCUGUGUGUAUACGGCCCACUACCGGCGAACCCUGACCAGCUGCAAUUACUCCAGUAUUGGCCCUUCUCUUCGGCCGACCUCUACAAUUGGAAAUCUAACCAAGCCCCUUUUUCAGAAAAUCCCUCAAGCCUUACAGGUCUGACGGAGUCCCUCAUGUUCUCUCACCACCAUCCUACUUGGGAUGAUUGCCAACAGCUGUUGCAGGUUCUUUUCACCACCGAAGAAAGAGAGAGAAUACUUUUAGAGGUGCGGAAGAAUGUGCCUGGAAUCAAUGGUCAACCAACUCACCUUCAGAUUGAAAUAGAUGCAGGCUUCCCCUUAAAUCGUCCUAACUGGGACUACAACACAGCUGAAGGACCAGCCCGGCUGAAGGUCUCUCCCCAGGCUCUGGUGGCAGGUCUCAAGGGAGCCGGCAGGUGUCCCACUAAUUUGGCCAAGGUAAGGGAAGUUCUACAAGGGGAGAAUGAAUCCCCAUCUGUGUUUAUAGAAUGUCUCUUAGAGGCUUACAGGCAUUAUACUCCCUUUGAUCCUACUUCCGAGAGUCAGCAAGCAGCAGUUGCUAUGGCUUUUAUUGGACAGUCUGCCUCUGAUAUUAGGAGAAGGUUACAGUGCCUGGAAGGUCUGCAAACAUUAUCUUUGCAAGACCUAGUUAAGGAAGCAGAGAAAGUGUACCAUAAGAGAGAGACUAAGGAAGAAAGAAGAGAAAGAGAAAAGAAGGAAGCCAAGGAGAGACAGGAUAGAUGGCAUAGAAGGCAAGAAAGAAACUUAACUAGGAUUUUGGCCGUAGUAGUAGGCAACAGGGAAGCUCAUAGGAAGAAUGAAGGAAAUAGGCAGACAGGGUACCUGGGCAAUGAAGGGCCAAGGAUACCUCGGAACCCUGAAGGACCCCCUCGACAGCCUUUAGAUAAGAAUCAAUGUGCUUAUCGUAAGGAAAAGGGGAAUUGGGCAAGGAACUGCUCCAAGAAGAAACAUAAGACACCCAAGGUCCUAGAGGAAGAUAAUUAGGGGAGAUGGGGCUCCAGGCCCCUCCCCGAGCCUAGGGUAACACUCACUGUGGAGGGGACCCCUAUAGACUUCCUUUUUGACACCGGAGCAGAAUUUUCAGUUUUAAAGAAACCAUUGGGAAAAUUAAAAAAUAAAAAAAACAUAGUAAUUGGGGCCACUGGCCAGAAAUCAUAUUCCUGGACCACCGACAGGAAGGUUGAUCUGGGAAAAGGUCAAGUAACUCACUCCUUUCUCGUCAUCCCUGAGUGCCCCACGCCUAGAGAUUUGCUGUCUAAGCUAAAAGCCCAAAUAAGCUUUUCCUCAGAAGGAACCAUAGUCAACAGGCAGAUUCCCACUUCUAUGAUCUUGGCCUUAAAACUGGAGGAAGAAUAUAGAUUACAUGAGCUCCCAGCCCCGCCAGAAAAAACACUGAAAUUAGAUCCUGUAGCCAGUGGAUGGCCAUCUUGCCUAAAAGCCAUCGCCUCAGUGGCACUGCUUAUCAAAGAUGCCGACAAACUAACUUUGGUUCAACAGACUGUAGUGGUAGCCCCACAAGCCCUGGAAAGCAUCAUCAGACAACCGCCUGACCGCUGGAUGACCAACGCCCGCAUGGCUCACUAUCAGAGCCUCUUGUUAACUGAGAGAGUGCUGUUUGCACCCCCGGCUAUCCUAAUACCCACCUCUUGCUGCCAGAGACAGACUACUCAUUACACGGCUGCCAAGCAGGCGGCUCAAGGAGCUAUGAUCCUCGCAGCUGAACAAAUAACUAAGGAACCUAAAGAUUGUUAUGACACUGGAGAAACUAGCUUCAGGUAUAACCCUGAAGAUCACAAGCAGAUGGAGAAACUAAAAAUUGUUCAUGGCUACUCCCCCCAUGGAGUAGCUGAGACAGAAGAUGGCAAAUCCAUACUACCCCAAGAGGAGGGACGACAUUAUGUCACCAGUUUAUAUCAACUAACUCAUCUAGGGACAAAGAAGCUAAAGGACAUCAUACAUCACUCCGAUUAUCAUGUCAUGGGCCUCUUGGACAUUGCUCAAAACUUAGUUCAGAAUUGCAAGGUCUGUGCCUUAACCAAUGCUGGACAUCACCUAGGUGCACCCAGCAAACGCCUCCGGGGAAACAGUCCAGGAGCAUACUGGGAGGUCGAUGUCACAGAAGUUAAACCAGAAAAAUAUGGUAACAAAUAUUUAUUAGUUUUCAUAGAUACCUUCUCAGGAUGGGUAGAGGCUUUCCCUACAAAGAGGGAAACAGCCAAUGUGGUAGUAAAGAAGAUACUGGAGGAGAUUUUUCCACGAUUCGGCAUCCCUAAGGUAAAUGGAUCAGACGAUGGCCCUGCCUUCGUUGCCCAGUAUAAAAGGUAUAAUCUCAAUGACAGGCUGCUGACAGCAAUGCCAGUUCACCUUCAGAUCGUGUCUGUUUCCUUUUCCCCACAUCAACUCCACACAUCCUCCUUGGGACUUGAACCCCCUUCUGAAGCAGGUCUCCUUCAGAAUACCAUGUGA